GCGCCCAAAGACUCCCAAGAUUCAAAAAGUUCGCGGCGUGACGAAAACGUGCUCAACAAAAACUCAUCAAAAGUGUUAAUCAAUCAAAAUCAAUUACAUUAUUCAACUAUAUAAAACCAAGUGAAUAAAAAUAAAAAUAAUUCAUUCAUGAAUCAAAACCAAAGAAGUUUAUAAAAAAUUACGUGUAAAGUUUUAGUUUUAUUAGCAAAAGUGAAAUUCAACCGUGGCUAUUAAAAAAAAGAAGAAAUAAAAGAAGGAAAAACAUUUGGCGCUCGUAAACAACAUGGAUAUAUCUAUAUCUACGCAAUAUCACGAAAAUGAUUCACGAGGAUGAAACCGGUGGAGCUUUCGAGCCGCCCAGAUGUGAUCGCUUCCAGCGCCGAAAAUAGCAUUCCAAACACCAUCACGACCACAACAAUACCGAAAAGAAAAACAAAUUCGCACAAAGAAAAUAUAAUAAUAAUAAUAAUCACAAAAUCUCCACUAAAAAACUAAAUAAAAUAAAUAUCACUACUUUAAAAACAAAAAACUAAAGUGUUGAAAAUAUAAAAUAGAAAAUUAAAACAUAAAAAUAAAACAAAAGAAAAUAAAUAAUUCACUAAUCAACACCCUGUAUAUCUCUAUACAUAUGUGUGGUGUUCGUUUCGCGCGAAAUUGAUUCGCCUCGAUUUGACUUACGCGCUCAGCUGAGUAACGAAAACGUUUAACAAAAAGCUCAACUCAAGUGUGAGUUGGAAAGAGAGAGGAAAGUGAGAGGUGCGCACGGCGCAUUAAUUCUAAGCUGGAUCGAUACGGGACGCCCGACCAGCGCUCAGCCAGAAUGUCAAAAUCGAUGAACAUGUUGCGCACGCGGCGUCGCGACAACAAUGUUAAACCAAAUCGCAGAUUAGAUCGGAAGUCAUCUCGGGGGAUGAUCUACGAGAAUGAAGAAUUACGACUGAAGACAAUCAAUAUCAACGCUGAAAUUGAACGAGGACAAUCAGAUAUAAAAAAACUCCGGAGGGAAAACGAAAUGCUCAAGAAAGAAAUCUGGUAUCUGCGUGACGAGUACGAGAAGCUGGAUAAACUGCUCAAGCAAAAAGAAGUCGACUUUUCCUCAUCAUCAUCGACAUGUUCCAGCGAUUCAGAAGCAUCUCUUUCCGAAGACCCAAAAGAAGUAGAAACCUCCCAAAACAUCGAAAAUGUCCAAAAAACCAACCUGAAAAACCUUCAAACAGAAUUCGACCAUCUGAGCGUAGUCCCCGAGGAACCAUCAACUGAAAACUCAGAUAAAUCCCCUACAUCCGCCUUAGACCUACAAGAAAUAGGUCUUGGUUUAGACGAAAAUGAAACAACGGGUAUCCUACAACCAGACCAAGGAUACCCUGGCUUUCCAAUGACAAAACACUUCUUUAGUCCAAUCCCACUGCCCCAAAGACCUUUAACCCCUCCCCAAGUACAGCAUUUUUAUACAUUCCGGAAUGAAGUAUUACCAUUACCAGCAAGUCUAACCACCUUAGAAACACCAGGUCCUAGUGGUAGCAAUAGCACCAGUCCAAAACCUGUGGAUCUAAUAGUAAAAACAGACAAUCGAGGAUUCACAAGUAGUGGAAUGACCCAUUUAGGAUCACUAAAUAAACUAGACCCUAUGCAGAUGUUGGAAGUAGAACACUUUGAAUCCCAAUGUGGUGGGGGUAGUGGUUGUGGAUACCCAGAUGGUUCAUUCCCAAGAAGUAGUUUUAGCAACGGUGGAAACCUGGAAGAGUUGCUCAAUGAUAUCCAGACCAUAUCCGAAGACAUCCUGAAAAUCAGCAACCCUAACCCCAAUGUGGAGCAUUUCUCAAAUGGGCAUUACCCUUUGGAGAAAUCAUCUUUCAAUGGAAACAUACAAAGUUUAGAUAGGUUAUUAGAACCGGAAGUGGGGGAAGUAAAUGGAUAUGUAUCAAAUAGGGAUAAGGAUCUGGAUAAAUAUAAGAGUGAAAUUAAUGUGGUCUUGAUGCCUACACCUAUGCCCUUGAUAGGGUUUGAGAAGUACCAGAAUCUCAGUUCGGAUAAAAUUAACUUCGGGAGUUUACAAAUGCAGGAUUUGAGUAAUUCAUCAGAUCAACUUACUGAUUUGGAUAAUACAGGGGUUAAUAUUCAUACAAAGGUUAAUGGGUUAUCAGGGAUACCUGGGAUACCUUCACUGGAAUCUAUCCAUUCUGAAGGUAUAGAAGGAAAGGAUACCCCAAGUGAUUUGGAUGAUAAAAAGGGGGAGAAGAUGAGUAUAAGGAGGAAAGUUUCAAUACAUUUCAAAGGUCGUAAGGAUAAAGAUAAAGAUAAACUUAAAGAAGAAAAGAAAAAGGAAGAGGAUUCAACAGGGACUAAAAAAUUACGACCUCCUGGUUCCUCUACAAAUAUCUUUUCAAAUGAUGAACACGUCCAGAAAGAUCUCUUGUCUAUUCCUGUUCCACAAUCUAUUCCAACUCCACUCCCUUCCGAAACACCCUGUAUAUCCUCUACUCCCAUCCCUCCUACUACUUCCUCUUUACAAAACAAUACAAAAGAUUCCUCUGAUUCCGAACACCCUGCUUCCUCCUCUAAACCCCAGAAUAAAAGCACUUCUGCGUCCCCGGAGCGCCAUGAUGGUUUAAAGAAGCAUCAUAAACAUAAAAAGAAGAAGAAACCUUCAGCUGGUGGUGGAUUAGGUGGAUAUUUGAAGACGAGGAGGAAUACCCUGAGUACUGAUCAGAUGCAUAGAGAGAGGAGUCUGUCGAUUUGCACGGAUAGAGGACCGUAUAUGACGGAUGAUUAUCUGCCGUCUUCGGAGCGCGAGCGGACGAAUAGUCUGAGUAGUUGCGGCACGAACGCGGAGCGGAAUCGGAGGAAGUUUUCGACUAUUAGUAGGAUACCGAGUGGCACGGGGGGGAAGAUUCCGUGGUGUGCGUGUUGGGGGAAUGGGUGUAUAUGACAGUGGGGGUGAUGGGGUGAUGUGUGAUGUGUUCAGGUGGAUGAUAAAUAUAUAAUGUGUAUAUAAUUGAAAAAAUUAAAAGAAUAUUUAAGAUGAAAUAAAUGAAAUUUUUAAUAUUU